AGUAACAGACCUAUCUCAAAUAUUAAUCAUGGGUCUCUCACAGAACUCAGAGUUUUAACCUGUGCCCAAAAGUGAUUCAGGGUUUAGGGUUUGUUUGUUAGAUAAUCCCAAUCUGUAUAGAGUCAGAGGGAAAGAGAAAAGGAAAAAGAGAAGAGCAGUGGUUUGCUCUGGGGUUGAGGUCCUCACGCUUCAUUCAAGACUGUCCGGCCAGAGUGUUUUCAGAAGGCAAAAAUGCAGUAUGGUUAUGGAAUGGCAGGGACCCAUCAGCAGCAAUUCAUGGAGGGUGAUUCUUGUUCUUCACUUUUCUCAAUCUCAACUCCCCAGAAGCAAAACCAGCACCACCAUCUUCAUUAUCAACACCACCACCACCACCAUCUGCCGCCGCCGCCGCCGCAGCAGCAGCAGCAGAAACAUGAGAGGCAGCAGCAGCAACAACAGUUCUUUCAGCUUCAUCCCGUUCCAUUUACCCAGCAAUUGCUGCAGCAACAGCACCAGUUUGAAGUAUUUCAACUGCAGCAGCAACAGCAACAGCAACAGCGGAGACUGCACCAGCAGCUAAGACUGGAAAAUGAACUGGGUCGCAGUAGUGGAGGAGGAGGAGGAGGAGAAGGUGUCGGCAAUGGCGGUGGCGGCGAAGGAGGCAGCGCCUCGCUUCCUUUCUUCAAUUUCAAGCUGGGUUUGAACGAGAAUAGUGGUAACAGAGAGGUUGUGAUGAACGAAGAAGAUAAAGAGGAGGAUGGUUUGAUUGGUGGCAGUGAGGACCAUAUUCCUGGGAAUAAACCUAAUUCCCUAGAAAUGCCCCAAUGUUGUUGGCAGUCCCAAGGAGAUGGUACCAUUAAAGAACCUUUCUGGAAACCCCUGAAUGCCCAGCUCUUCAACAAGAACGACAAGGAGACUAAUGAAGAUGAAGAGAAGAAGGAAGAGGGAGAGGGCAACAAGAAGAUUAAUCACGGACAAGUACUAGACAACGAUGGAGGCAAGAACUUGGGAAACAAGUACAGAUUUUUCGGUGAGCUUGAAGCAAUUUGCAGCGGUGCGGGGCUUGGCGAAACGAAUCAAACGGGAUCGGGAUCGGCUCUGACCGGUGAAAACAUGACUAGGAAUGCCGUGUUGCUGAGGCCUUUAGCUGAUCCCCAUUGCAGCAAUCUCGGUGCUGCUGCUGCUGCAAUUGGGGUUGAUCAUGGGUCAGAGACCUCAAUUGGGGAAGAAGCUGCGUUGCGGAAGCUUCAGAAAAGGAAGAGGAGGAGGAAAAUGAAGGAAGAGUUGAAUUCCAUGGCGGGUUUCUUUGAGAGCUUGGUGAAGCAGCUGAUGGAUCACCAAGAGGGUCUCUACAGAAAGUUCUUGGAAGUGGUUGAGAGAAUAGAUCAAGAGAGGAUGGAGCGAGAGGAAGCAUGGAGGAGCAAACAACUUGAGAACUUUAACCGAGAAGCCACCGGAAGAGCCCAUGAACAAGCUCUAGCUUCAAGUAGAGAGGUUGCAGUCGUCUCAUACUUAGAAAAAAUCACAGGCCAAAGCAUCGAUCUUCCCAAUAAUAACAGCACCCAAUUACACUCUCAACGUUAUCUUCCAAAGGAACCGGUGAAAAUCAACAACUUCAGCAGCAGUAACACAAACAGCAGAUGGCCUAAAGCUGAAGUCCAAGCACUGAUUCAAGUCAGAAGUAGAUUAGAAUCGAGGUUUCAGGAGCCAGGCCUAAAAGGGCCUCUGUGGGAAGAAAUAAGCUCUUCAAUGACUUCAAUGGGUUAUCAGAGAAGCGCCAAAAGAUGUAAGGAAAAGUGGGAGAACAUCAACAAGUACUUCAGAAAAACCAAAGACAGUGCCAAGAAACGCUCUCACCAAUCCAAAACAUGCCCUUACUUUCAUCAGCUCGAUCAGCUAUACUCGAGAACACCAUUCUAUCCCAACCCAUCAGCUUCUACUGAUUCUGGGGUUCACAAUUUGAAGGGUAAUUCAGAGCUCUUAGAUGCCAUUAUAGCCAUGAACGACCCCAACACUGCUCAGAAGGUUGCCCCAAUGGAGUCCUUUGGUGGAAACAUUGAUGAUAAAUCAGAAGCUGAUCAACAAAUAAACCAUGGAAAAGAAAAGGAGAACCAUAGGGACAUUGAGGAAGGAGACCAAGAUAUGAACAACGAAGACGAAGAAGAUGAUGAACAAGACAACGAAGAAGACGAUGAAGAAGGUGGAGAAGGUGAUGGUGAAGAAGAAGAUGGAGAUUGAGACUUGAAAAAAAUCAAGGAGAGACUGAAGAAGAGUACAUUUUAGGCUGUUUGUUCUUGGCAGUUAGUUUCUUUACAUAAUUGAGAAUUCAUUGGUAUUCGAUUUCCUUGGUGUUGCUUGUUUUGAGCUAUACCAGAUAUACUGUCUUGAAUCUGGGCUUCAGCCUUUUUAUUUUAUUUAUUUCAAUUUAUAGAAAUUAUUAUUCAUUUUUUUAA